UCCACUUCCCUCCCUAGGGACCAUGGUGUUGCUGAUGUCUAACCUUGCUCCCAAGUCGAAUGAACUUGUAUAGCACAGCUAGCACACGUUAGAGAUACCUGUCUGUCUCGUCUGUCUGUCCUCGAGUCUGUCUGCAUCAGUCAGCCUGCUCCUCCCCUUCUCUCUCUCUCCUUCGUUCGCCAGUGGCUGUUGGCUCCUUUUCUGCAUCCUCUCCCCCUGCAGGGCCCCGGCUGCUGAAGCAGGCGGCAGGCAGGCAGCGCCGCUCUCCAUAUUACACGGCGGGACGGUCGGGGAACGACAGCGGUUGAGAGUCGGUGGUGUGGUGUGGAACGGCGUGGGACACAGGGGAGGUUGUCGUCGACAUCGUUGUCAUCCGUGGGGAACAGCACGGACCGGACUCCCACCCAAAAAGGCGUGCCUUGCUUUUGCUGACCACGGCGGGAGGCAGACUUCGAACCAGUGGUCGUUUCGCUCUGCUUGUUCCAGCACUGGCUUGCAGGAUCUGGCAGAACCUGGAAGAUCCGCUUCCUACAACUCGACCCUCUAUGUACACAUCGACCAACGCACAGGCGAGCGCUCUUUGCUGAGAGAGCGACUCACAGGGGGAGUAACAGCAUCAGCAGCCAAGAAGAAGACUUUUUUCCCGCAGACGAGCGUCAACAUUUCUUCUCAAGAGCUUGGUUCUUAAAAGUAAAACUCAGUUGGCAAGGAAACCAGCCUGUCACCUCCCUGAUUGUCCACAAAGAGUUCGGAACCUUAUGGUUCAGGGCUGAGCGAUCCCAGCAGACGACAGCUGUAGAGGACGAGGCAUGGGUCAACGUCUGGCCAGACGAGAGCGCGAGAGAGGAGCGAGGCUGUACCACCAGCAGCGGGCGGAGGAGGCUGUGGAGAAGUGGAACCAUUCCUUGACGAGGCUCCGCGACCCUCGCGACAAAUUUACGGUAAAUGGUGAUCUUUGUCGAGCACUGUGUGAACUAGGCAAGUUUCGCGAAGCACUGGAGCACGCCGGCCAGCAGUGCGGACUGGCAGCCGACAUCGAAGACCCGGCGAUGACCGCCGAGGCCUACCUCAACAUGGCGGUGUGCAACCUGCGGUCCUGCGAGUUCUCCAAGGCAGUGUCGUACUGCAGGUCUGCCAUGCAGGCUCAGCCAGAAGGAAACCCACUUUUAGGGUCCUUGCACCUGUGUCUUGGCGACGCUUUCUUGGGUCUCAGCGAGUUCCAGAAGGCGUGGAACAACUACUCGCGCGCGCAGGCCCUUGCGCAAAGCACGUCGGACCGGGUGCUAGCCAUGCACGUCCAGGCCAGCAUGUCGGCCGUGUACACCGCCCUCAACGACCACGACUCGGCCAUCAGCUGCUGCACGACGGCCCAACAGCUCGCCGACGAGGUCAGCAGGGCGCGGCCAUCACCGGAAGUCGCAGGGGCCGUGGCGCGCUUCCGCCGUCGCCUGGCAACGGUCAUCGCGCAUCCUUACCGCAAGAUCGGCCGGUACAACGAGGCCAUGGACUAUUGCGAGGACGCCAUGAAGGUGGCGCUGCUCCGGGGGGACCGCCCGGUACAAGCCGAGUGCCUUUUCAUCUUCGCCGACAUCCACAGAAAGCGAUGUGAUUUCGAGCGCGCGAGGCCUCGCUAUGAAUCUGCACACAGCAUCAUGACGGAAACGGGUGAGAGGCUUGGACAAGCACGUGUACUAGGAGGUCUCGCCAAAGUUGCCUCGUCACUUGGUCAACCAGACAAGGCAAUCGAGCUCAACGAAAAGGCCCUGGCGAUAGCACAGAAGAUAGGAAACAAGCUCGAAAUGUUGCGCUGCCACGCGCGGCUACAAGUGUUGUAUGACGUCACUGGCGACGCGUCGCUGUCCCACCGUCACGGCAGCGUGGUGCGGCAGCUGUGCGACGAGAUGGACCUGUUCUGCGGGGUCUGCGACGACAUUCUGGGCACCACGCCGGAGAACGUGGAGCCGCUCACGUGCGGACAUUUCAUCCAUGCAAGGUGUGUCAUGCACCUGGCGCGCUCCACUCUGGGGCGAUCCGGCCGGCCCAGGCCCUGCCCUGCAUGUCGUCGACGCGCCUCGGCCAAUCCGCUGCUUCCCUCUGACGUCAUGGCGCUGACGUAGCAGCGCGCCCUUGGCACGCCACCCAGCGGCGACGUCCAACAACCUGUGUAGUGUCCCCGACCGACCGCUGAUUUUUCGACACGACCCGCAUCUCCCUGUAAAUGUUGAUCAUCCUUAACUUUCGCAGUGUGAAUAAACGACUCAUCGUCAUAGCUUAUCACACGCUCAUCGUAGGAAGCAUCACGUCUGGCCUCAUCGACUCCUUUGUACUUCUAACCUUUCUUGACUCACCCCGUCUCAUUCUCCUACCCAGCACCCGUCCCCGAGAGCUUGAGAGGUUUUUUUUUUUGUUUUU